AUGUCUACUGAAUUGAAAGCUAAGGAGAUCUUUAACGAUUUCGCUACUACUGGUAAGGACCAAGAAAAAGUGUUGACUUUACCUGAUUUCAUCAAUGUUUUAUCACCAUUCCAAACUGAUAUCCCCAAGUCAGCGUUUUCUCUUUUGUAUUUGGUUGCUGAUACUGAGAAGAAGGGGUUCGUCACCGAAGCUAAUUGGUUACAUUUUAUCAAGACUUUGACUUCAACUGACGGCGAGUACAAAUUGUUGUACGAAUUUUUGUCUCUGAGUGAUAAUGUUAAUUCAAAAAUCACCUACCAUCAAUGUGUUGACAUUUUAAACAAGAUUAAUUCAUCUAUUGACCCUAGUUAUCAACAGAAGUUGAUCAAGUUGAACUGGAUUUAUUUCCCCAAGUUUUUUGAACCCAAGGGAGAAAUUGGAUUCAAUGAUUUUAUCACCUUGAUUAGUUUUUUACCUGUUACUAAAUUAAUUGGUAAUUUUGAAGUGGCAGCUGGCAAGACCAAAACAAUUUCAGGUGAUGAUUUAGUGAGAAUCUUGACCAACACGUUUAGUCAUAAGUUAUCAAACAAGUUGAAGAAAAAUUUACCAAAUGUCACUGGAUUCUUUGAUAAUCAAAAGGAAUAUACUCUUUCCGACGUUUUAUUCAUUUAUGACACAUUGAGCAAGGUUGACUUGGUUAAUGAAGUUAUUGUAAAUACUCCACCAACAACUAAGGACAAGACGGAUAUCACCAUCAACAAAAAGGACUUGUACAACCAUUUGAACGAUCCAUUGUUGAAAUCGGCCAACUUUAGACAAAUUUCAAGCUUGUCCUUGGAUUUGAUUUUUUACUUGAUUAACCAAGAGAGCGGAGAUAGCAUUCCUCGUAAACAAAUGAUCUCGUUCUUGAAUCCUAAUGUUAGUAAUAAUGUCAAUUCAUUAGCCCCAAUAUUCGAACACCCUCAAAGUCGCCAUUCGACUCAUGAGCCAAGUGACAAUUUUUCAUUGUGGCCAAUUUACGACUCAUUAUACUCAUUUUUCCUUGGUUCAAUUGCCGGAUGUAUUGGUGCCACAGCUGUUUAUCCAAUCGAUUUGGUCAAAACUAGAAUGCAAGCCCAAAAACACAAGGCCUUGUACGAUAACUCAUUGGAUUGUUUUAAAAAGAUUUUGAGAAACGAAGGAUUUAAAGGAUUAUAUUCCGGUUUGGCUGCACAGUUGGUGGGUGUUGCUCCAGAAAAGGCCAUCAAGUUGACUGUUAAUGAUUUGGUGCGUAAAAUUGGAACUGCAGAAGAUGGAUCCAUUACUAUGAAUUGGGAGAUUUUGGCAGGUAUGUCUGCUGGUGCAUGUCAAGUUAUCUUUACCAAUCCUUUGGAAAUCGUCAAGAUCAGAUUGCAAAUGCAAGGUAAUACCAAGAAUUUGACCAAGCCAGGCGAAAUUCCAAUCAAACAUUUGAAUGCUAGUCAAAUUAUUAGACAAUUAGGACUCAGAGGAUUGUACAAGGGUGCAUCCGCAUGUCUUUUAAGAGACGUGCCAUUUUCAGCAAUCUAUUUCCCUACAUAUGCCAACUUGAAGAAAUACAUGUUUGGUUUUGAUCCAAAUGAUGCCACCAAGAAGCAAAAAUUAUCUACUUGGCAAUUAUUGGUUUCUGGUGCUUUGGCUGGUGCUCCAGCAGCUUUUUUCACCACUCCUGCCGAUGUGAUAAAGACUAGAUUGCAAGUUGCUGGUAAAAAGAAUGACAUCAAGUAUAAGGGUAUCGUUGAUUGCGGUGCUUCAAUUCUUAAACAAGAAGGAUUUUCAGCAUUCUUUAAAGGUUCAUUGGCCAGAGUGUUUAGAUCGUCACCACAAUUCGGCUUCACUUUAGCUUCUUAUGAAUUAUUGCAAAGCUUGUUCCCAUUAACUCCACCAAUCACAAGAGAAUCGAAUUUCAAAGCAAUCAGUGGCUACCCUGGAGUUUACAAUUUAACCAACGAUCAAGUUUACAACUCGCAAGAGAAAGGCGAUAGAUUGAUUUAUGUCAACAAGUCAGCUAUUGACCCAUCUGUUAGUAAGGAACAAGAUGCAUUGAUUAAGUUGCCUGCUGAUUAUACCUACAAAUCAUACGAUGCUAUGACUUUGUUUAUGGAUAUUGAUUACAAAUUUGGAAAAUUCGAUUACAGUUCAUACUUGAACUAUAUCCAGAAAAAGUAA